AUGAGUCAUUUCUGGAGGAGUUUAUGGGAGAAACUUGAAAUGAAGUUGAAUUUUAGCAGCGCAUACCAUCCCCAAACAAAUGGUCAGAUCGAGAAUUUGGCAUUACCUCAAGCAGAGUUUGCUUAUAACUGGUCGAGGAAUAGAACCACCGGAUUGAGUCAUUUUGAAAUUGUCUAUAGUCGGAACCCAUCCAGGGUACUUGAUUUGGCUCCAAUUAUGGCCGAACAUCUUCGAGGUAUCCAUGAGCAGGUGAAGCUGUCCAUACAGGAUAGUUAUACUGAGUACAAGGCUCAAGAAGUAUUAGCUAGUGAUCGUUUUCCAGCUAGAGAGUACAAUAAGCUAAAGGAGAGUAAGAUUAGACCUUGUGAAGUGCUACAAAAGAUCAAUGAUAAUGCUUACAGGUUGUGCCUCCCUAUCCAUUUGAAGACCUCUGACGUCUUCAAUGUGAAACACCUAAGCACUUGUUUUGUAGAGUCUGAUGAAGCUACUGUGAACUCGAGGGCGAGUUCUUUCCAACCCGAGGUGACUGAUGUAGGAGGAUUCGAGUCGAGUGAUGGAAAGCAAGUAAAAGCGGAUAAAAUAGCACAAGAAAGAGCAACACAAUAG